AUGACCCUUUAUGAGAAAAUGCGGCGUCUUCACAGACAUUUUAAGGAUCUGAAGAUAGUCACGUGGUUUGCUAGUCUUCUUCCAGAUAGAUUCACCAAGCGACCCUUAAAACAACCAAGUUUUAGGAAAUGGUCGGCAUCCAUAGUGUUUGUGGCAACAGAAUAUAAACUGGAUUUUAACCUAGCGGAACUACCUGAGUAUUCUGGUGGAUUUGAAUUAAAAAGGAAUAAAUCAAAUGAAUCGCUGGACAGUCGGACAGUGUCCGAAUCGGAAGCAGGCGAUCAGGAUCCCGAGAAGGCACCACACAGAAUGGACAGCGAAGAGGCCGGCGAUUACUCUGAUGUGCAUCGUAUUUAUAACAUAGACAAUGACGUCCCUGAAACCUUCCCUCAGAAUGAG